GUUCGCAUCUUCAUCCCGGUCCACUUGUUUCACUGUUAUACCUCGUUGCUUUGCUGGCAAGGCUGGACACAACUACCACCCAGAUUAACCCCAGCUAUUCUUGAGGUCCCCAAAAUGAACACUACUACUCGAUACGUGAUCCUCGUCCUCGUGGUGGUCCUGGGACUGCAUUCGAUACUCAGUUUCACCCAUGAAGACUAUGGCCGAGCAACAUCUCUGUCGAAAAUCUCCUCUAAGCUAUCGUUCAAUGGAGACUCCGAGGAUAUCGACGACUUGCCUCCUCCAUCAGGACGUAGAGCGAACGCAACGAUAUUGAUGCUUACACGGAACAGUGAUACAGAAGCCGCUAUUCGAAGCGUGCGCGACCUCGAGGAUCGCUUCAACCACAAAUUCCAGUACCCCUGGGUGUUCCUCAACGAUGAGCCGUUCUCGGAUGAGUUUAAGAGACGCGUGUCGAACGUUAUUUCUGGACCCGUUGAAUUCGGCGUGGUACCUCAAGAUCACUGGCAACAGCCUGACUGGAUUGAUGAAGAGAAGGCGAGUGCAAGUCGGGAGAAGAUGGUCCAGGACAACAUCAUCUAUGGAGGCAGUGUUUCGUACCGCAAUAUGUGUCGCUUUAACUCCGGAUUCUUCUACAAGCAUCCCAUCGUCCAGAAGUACAAGUGGUACUGGCGCGUCGAGCCGGACGUACAUUUCCACUGCGAUAUCAACGGAGACCCGUUCGUCUUUAUGGAGGACAAUAACAAGGUGUACGGCUUCACCAUCACCAUGUACGAGUUUCAAGCUACGAUCCCCACACUCUGGAACACCGUCAAGGAGUUCACUGCCGAAUACCCACAGUACGUCGCAAAGGACAAUGCGAUGGGGUACCUGUCGGACGAUGGCGGGAACUCAUUCCUGCAUGCGCCAGUGGGAACGCAUUCACUAAACAAUAUGUCCUUAAUCUAUUCAACCUCACGUCUGAAUGACCUAUCGGCUAGCUGUACACGGGACGGGUUGUCGGCAGCCAACGCUCUGAGUAAGAUAACCCGUGUUAGACUGUACUAUCAAAUUAUCUAUCCAGACACAUUUACAGCGACUACCCUCCGUCGUAGACACGAAUUCGUCAUCUAGCAUGUUAAUUUUUCUUGGCAUGCUUUACGCUUCCUCGUCGCCUGCCGCACGCGUCGAUGAGGCUGAAAGCAUCCCGAGAAAACAAACACCACAGACUGCCGCCCUAGAAACGUGAAUGUCAAUACGGGGCGUUGCAUAAGAAAAUACAGCCAGAAGUUAUUCGUUUAUUGCGUGUACAUGUAUACUUUACACUGAAUAGGUAUCACCAACAUCG